AUGGCAAGUGCCUCUCCUGAACAGAAUCAAGAUCACUGCUCAGCCGUAAACAACAGCAACAUGCUGAUGCAGGGCAACCUCCCCACCCUGACCUUAUCUGGGAAGAUCCGAGUGACAGUUACUUUCUUCCUUUUUCUUCUCUCUACAAUUUUUAAUGCUUCUUUCUUGUUGAAACUUCAGAAGUGGACUCAAAAGAAAGAGAAAGGGAAGAAGCUCUCGAGAAUGAAAGUGCUUUUAAAACAUCUGACCCUGGCCAACCUGUUGGAGACCCUGAUUGUCAUGCCACUGGAUGGAAUGUGGAACAUUACAGUCCAAUGGUAUGCUGGAGAGUUCCUCUGCAAAGUCCUCAGCUACCUGAAGCUUUUCUCCAUGUAUGCCCCAGCCUUCAUGAUGGUAGUGAUCAGCCUGGACCGCUCCCUGGCCAUCACGAGGCCUCUAGCUAUGAAAAACAAUGGCAAGCUCGGACAGUCCAUGAUUGGCCUGGCCUGGCUCCUCAGUGGUAUCUUUGCUGGACCACAGUUGUACAUCUUCAGGAUGAUCCACUUAGCAGAUAGCUCUGGACAGACAGAGGAUUUCUCCCAAUGUGUAACACACUGCAGUUUUCCACAAUGGUGGCAUCAAGCCUUUUAUAACUUCUUCACCUUCAGCUGCCUCUUCAUCAUCCCUCUUCUCAUCACGCUAAUCUGCAAUGCAAAAAUCAUAUUUACUCUGACACGAGUCCUUCAUCAGGAUCCCCACGAAUUACAACUGAAUCAGUCCAAGAAUAAUAUACCAAGAGCUCGGCUGAGGACCUUGAAAAUGACAGUUGCAUUUGCCACUUCGUUUACUGUGUGCUGGACUCCCUACUAUGUUCUAGGAAUUUGGUACUGGUUUGAUCCUGAAAUGUUAAACAGGGUGUCAGAUCCAGUAAAUCACUUCUUCUUUCUUUUUGCUCUUUUAAAUCCAUGCUUUGAUCCACUUAUAUAUGGAUAUUUCUCUCUGUAA